AUGGUGGUUGUGGUUGGAACUUUAGUUUUUGUGAAUGAAACAGUGGCUGUUGUGGUUGCAUCUGUAGUUGUGGUUGCUGGAACUGGAGUUGUGGUAGCUGGAACUGUAGUUGUAACUGUCGUUAUUGUGGUUGGAACUGUGGUUGCUGUGGUUGGAACAGUGGGUGUUCUUGUGGUGGUUGGAAGUGUGGUUGCUCUAGUUGGAACCAUGGUUGUUGUGGUUGCAGUUGGAACUGUAGUUGGUGAUGUUGGAGCCAUGGUGGUUGUAGUUGGAACUGUAGUUGGUGAUUUGGGAACCUUGGUGGUUGUGGUUGUAGUUGUGGUUGCAUCUGUAGUUGUGGUUGUAGUUGGAACUGUAUUUGUGGUUGCUGGAACUUUAGUUGUGGUUGGAACUGUAGUUGUGGUGGUUGGAAGUGUGGUUGUGGUUGUUAGUACUGUAGUUGUGGUGGUUGGAACUGUAGUUGUGGUUGCUGGAACUGUAGUUGUUGUAGUUGAAAUUGUGGUUGCAUCUGUAGUUGUUGUGGUUGGAAAUGUACUUGUGGUGGUUGGAAGUGUGGUUGCUCUAGUUGGAACCGUAGUUUUUGUGGUUGUAGUUGGAACUGCAGUUGUGGUUGCUGGAACUGUAGAUGUGCUCGCUGGAACUGUAGUUGUGGUUGCUGGAACUGUAGUUUUUGUUGGAACUGUGGUUGUUGUCGUUGCAUCUGUAGCUGUGGUUGCUGGAACUGUAGUUGUGGUCGCUGGAACUGUAGUUGUGGUUGCUGGAACCGUAGUUGUUGUGGUUGCUGGAACCGUAGUUGUUGUGGUUGGAACUGUGGUUGCUGUGGUUGAAGUUGUUUGUUCAUUACUGUUGCUUUCCUGA